CUUCAUCUCCUCUCUCUCUCAUUCUCUGGAAUCACCAAAGAAAAAAAUCUCUCCUAUCCAUUCUCUCUCUUUAAAACAUUUUCUCUAUGGAUUCAACAAUUAAGGAUCAGGCUGCAACUACUGGAUCCACUCCAGGAUCAAAGUUACGGUAUACUUUAAGAUCGGCUACUAAAGUGAAAGAGGAGACAUUGACUACUACGCCAUCUUCGAAGCGGGGCAGAGCUGCAUCAAAAGGUUGUCAAAGUCUCAGUGGUCUCGAACUCUCUGCCAAAGAUAAGGACAAGUCUGCGAAACCACCUCGUAGACUCUCUAAUCCUACUAAGUCUACUGUCAGCCCAUCCCCAAGAUCAAUUGGUACCGUAACACCAAUAGCUGAAGCUAGAGGAAAAAGGUCAAAUGUUAGUCAAGGAAAGGCUGGAACACCUGGUUCUGAUGUUUCCAAGUCGCUGAUCCAGCGAAAGUUCAACGUUCUGGCCUCAACAUCGUAUUGGCUUACGCAGAUUAAACUCGCUGAAUCUGUUGGGAAGCACAUAAUUUCAAUAGGUUUCUUUAAACUAGCACUCGAGGCAGGAUGUGAGCCUCUUCAGCGGAUGAGGGAUGAACUGAAAGCAUAUGCACUGCGAAACAAUCUUACUGAAUUUGGAGAUUCUGUUAACGAAUUACUCAAAAGCUACAACAUUUCUGAAGAUUUGGAGCAAUUACAAGUUUCCCAGACUUGUUCUCAUGUACCUGAGGGAACUCAAUCCACUGAAGAAGAUGUUAGUAGCUGCACUUCUAGUGCAACUACUAAAUCUAGAAAGCUUAAACCAAAAUCCUUGAAUUCAGAAAGCUUCAAGUCUUCUCCUAUUGCAGAUUCAACUAAGGAGGGCGCAAAGAAACAAAUUCCUGUUAAGAACAAGGUAUCAUCGAAUGACAGCCAUAUGAAACCUCAACGAGUUUCUAGUAGGCAAAAGGCUAACAAAGAAAGUGAAACUACUGAGGACAAGGAAAACAGUGAUAACAAAUCUGCUGAUGAAUUAGAUCCAGUUGAAGUCUCCUCUGUUGAGGAUAAAAAGCAAGACGACAAGGAAAAUAUGGCCCAGCAGAUGGAAGAGAUUAGCUUGACUGAAGUGUAGAAUAAGUGAAUACAAGAGAACUGGCUCAGUUGCAUAUGGGAAAAUGUUCUGUUUACUUAAGUUAUUAUCGUUUCUUUUUAUAUCCUUUCUUGUAGAAAGUGUUUUUUCUAUAUUUAUUCUAAAGUUUAGUGUGUCAUAGACUCAUAGAGGAUUUUAGGUCCAACUCUUUUCCUUUUCUUUUGAACUCGUGCAGUAUGUUUGAUAUAUAUUGGGAUGGA